AUCAUUUUAUUUCAGAAAGUACUAAUUAAAGAAUCCAAAGGAAACAAUGUGUUAAUAAUAAUUCCUGUUUACCUUUAAAAAAAACUGUUUAUUAACUCUUCUGAUGCCAAGAAAAAUUCCGUGGGAAUGACUUAAUCAUAAUUCUCAUGAGGAGACGUUUUCCUUGUCAAGGAGAAAUUUCACGGAAUUAACCACCAGUUUAUUAGAGAGUUUUUUAAAUGCAUCUUUUAAUAUCAUGUUUUCACUCAUUAGAAUAAAAACACUUUAACUGUAAGCUCAAAUUAACUUUUUUUUUUGUCGUAGCUAACACUAUUUAUAAAGCUCCAUGGAAGCAUCAAGGGCAAUCUGUGCAUUCAUUUCUCUUUAUGGAGCCUUUAUGUUUGCCUUUUAUCAACACGAGCCUAUAAAUAAACCGUAAUUUGUAUCCUCUCUUGAACCCGUUUGAGUGGGCUCCUCCUUGGAAGCGCAACCUGUAGCCUUCGGCAGUUUCCGGAAUUAUUCGUUUUUCCUGAAGAGCCUGAACGUAGCACGACGGACGUCGUAUUGAGAGGACUGAAGGGCGACGAAAACAAAAAUAGACGUGGACUCGACAGGAUCCAGGCCUUGAAGAAUGGAGGUUUGUUUUGGUAAAGUGGUGUUCUCCUCCAAGUUUGAAAGUGGAAACUUAGCCCGGGUGGAGAAAGUGGAGAAGUUAAUCAAUGACUGUGCGUCACUGCGCUCCAAUUUGCUUCCUGAGCUUGAAUUCAACGUGUGGGUCAAACCAGACUGUGAGGGAACAGAAUAUGAAAAUGGCAACAGGUCGUGGUUUUACUUCAGUGUACGUGGUGUACCGCCUGGAAAGCUCAUGAAGAUAAACGUCAUGAAUAUGAACAACCAGCGGAUACUCUAUAACCAAGGCAUGGCUCCUCUUGUGCGCACUGUACCUGGGAAAGAGUGUUGGGAGAGGAUACGGGACCGGCCCACGUGCGAGACGAUAGACGAUGCGUUCGUCCUGUCAUUCAUGCAUCGGACCUCGGAGAUUCGAGGGGCGACCACCUACUUUUCCUUCUGUUAUCCGUUUUCGUACACAGAGUGUCAGGAGAUGCUGCAGCGGCUGGGGGAAAGAUUCUCCAACAUUUCUCGACUGAGUCCAACCAGCCCGCCCAAUGAGGUCUAUUACCACAGAGAGUUGCUGUGCCACUCUCUCGAUGGAAACAGGGUGGACUUGAUCACUGUGACCAACUGCAGCGGGAUGCAAGAUCAAAGGGAACCGAGACUGGCUCGGCUAUUUCCUGACUCCGACACUGCAAGACCUCACUGCUUCACUGGCAAAAAGGUGUUUUUCCUGAGCAGUCGUGUGCACCCUGGAGAAACCCCAUCCUCUUUUGUGUUCAAUGGGUUUUUGAACUUCAUUCUCCGGACGGACGACCCACGUGCCCACAUGUUACGCAACAUGUUUGUAUUUAAACUCAUCCCCAUGCUCAAUCCAGACGGAGUCAUCCGAGGUCACUACAGGACGGAUUCCAGAGGUGUGAACCUCAACAGGCAGUACCUGAACCCGAGCCCUGAGCUGCAUCCCUCCAUCUACGCAGCUAAAACACUGCUGCUUUACUACCAUACCCACUACCUCUCCAACGCCUCAUUCGGUGGCCCUCCCUCCGACAGCCCGGAACAGAGAGAGACUCCUCCCCUCAACACGAAACCCAUACAAAAUCAGUCACCUCAGCUCACUGCUCUGGAGGAGUCCCUCAACCAACGGAAUAGUGAUGGGCCGGACUCCAGCGAGACGGAGGUUUCCAUGGCGAUGGAGGAAAAUGACUGGCUGACCACGGAAUUUGAGAAGGAGGAACAGAGAAGCCAAAGUUUUUCAGACACUCCAGAUUCAGUUACCAUUGAAGUAGCGGAAACACACGGCGAAGAACCGGAGUCAAUAAAAAUCCAAGAAGGGGGCGUGGCAUAUUAUGUGGACUUGCACGGUCACGCCUCCAAACGUGGGUGUUUCAUGUAUGGGAACAACCUUCCGAAUGAGAUCCAGCAGGUGGAGAACAUGCUCUUUCCGAAACUGAUUUCUUUAAACUCAGCUCAUUUUGAUUUCUCGGGCUGCAACUUCACUGAGAAGAACAUGUAUGCUCGGGACCGGAAAGGAGGACUGUCCAAGGAAGGGAGCGGUCGGGUGGCCAUUCACAAGGCCAUAGGGCUGCUUCACAGUUACACUUUAGAAUGCAACUACAAUACAGGAAAGUCCAUGAACAUUAUCCCGCCAGCCUGUCAUGACAAUGGACGAGCAACGCCGCCUCCACCGUCCUCCUUACCUCCUAAAUACACUCCAGAUAUAUAUAAUCAGGUUGGAAGUGCAGUGGCAGUGUCAGCCCUGGACAUGGAGGAGUGCAACCCUUGGCCCCGGCUGGUGCUAUCAGAGCACAACUGUCUGACCAAUCUCCGCGCCGUGAUCCUCAAACAUCUGCGCAACAACAAAGCUCUGAACUCACACGGCAAUUCCAACCCCUCACCCAGAAUGAACAGUCAUGGAAGCAAGGCGUCGCCGCCGAAGACCCUCACCCGCUGCCUCACUGGCUCGGCGUCGGAGAACACCAUCAGUCGUGUUCGCUGUCACAGCCACAGCAGCAGCAGCCAGACUCCAUCUCCCAAGAUGCACAGCUCUCCUAGUUUCACCUUCGGCUGCCCGCCGCCCCGGACUCAGCAGAACGGCACGCACACAAACGGACGAGGGAACAAGAUGUCCGUGAAGGAUUCUAAGCCCCAGGAGAAGAGACGUGCCCCCCAUUACCGCACCAUCCUGCGGUCCCCCGGCAACAGCCACGCUCCCACUCGCCCUCCAGUCUCCCCCCCUUCCUCCUCCUCUUCGUCCUCCUCCGUGUAUGCGGCGAGCUCCUGUCCUCUCCCGGCUUCCGUCAGUAUGACAGGCAACAGCUGUCCAGAUUUUCAGGCAGGUGGACUCAAACCAACAGUCUGGCCCGGCACAUCUUUUCCCAUGCGUCCGCCACGCGUUGGCAAAGUGGCUCGGAAUCUUAAAAACAUGCAUCAGCCGGCAAAAGAGACUGCAAAGGAGCUGGGCCCUGAGCACAUCCUUUCCUCCGUGAAGUUUAGCAAGUGCGAUUUACAACCCUACUCAAGCCGCAUCCCCGUCCGGAGAGCAGGGUCACUGGACACCCCUUCAACUCCAGGCAGCAAACCUCUGAUUGGCCGGAAGCAGCUCCCGUGCAAAGGUGAAGCCACGAUGAGAGUUUGGAAGCUACUCAGACCAGGACUCCAUCAUCAACUGACGCUAACAGGCACAUCAAUAAAGGAGGCCGCCAAAAAGCAGGGCCCUAAAGUAGCCACGAUGACAUCUGAGGGGAGCUUCCACUACUAUGAAAAUGAUGGCAUCAACCCAGCAGCAGAGGAAGAGGAGAAACUGCAGCAGGUUGUGGAGACUCCGCUGCUGCCCAUGGCUGAGCAAGUCAGCGCUUGAGAAACAGAUCUGUUUUGGUGACAUGAACAGGAGCGCAAUAUGAUUUAUUCAGUAUGAGAUUGUGUGACAUUCCCACCUCCAGUCGACUUGUAGCUUGGAGUCAAGUGCCUUGCACAAUGACAGAAACUCGCAAUCCACAUUUUAAUUGUUGUAUACCAUACAUUGCAUUUUACAUUGAACUACUCCUGUUCACUCUGUAACAAAGUACUGUACUACCCGUUUUCUCAUUAUCGAUCUCUAGUAAGCACUCGAGCACCUUGGUUAGCACAUUCCAAACACAGAUUCAACAGCAUAUCCAGAUAUAUUGUUUGUAGUCUAUGUCACUCCUUUUGGAAGUAUUUGCACCUUGUAGCAUAUUAGUUUAUGAAACUCUAGUGUGUGUCUGUAUUUAAGAGGCUUUAUUUAAGAGGACAUGUCUCAAAUCCUGAUCAACUUUAGGUGUACAUUUUUAAAGAUAUUUUUUGUGAUGUAUUUGAAGUGAUAAAGGGAUAUAUUAGGUGGAACGCUAUCUAGUUUGCCUUUUUAAGUCUUAAUAUGGUUUUGUUUUAAAUAAAACAUUUUUGUGUUUUUAUUUUUUAAAAUGGUUUUUUGCAAUACUGAGGCUGAAAGAUAGUUCACGUGAAGUUUCCCUGAACCACAUUAGCAUCAAAUAUUUGAAUCAUGUUUCGAUGGAAUUAUUCACAUUACUUCCUUGAUGGCUGUGAACCAAUAUAAUGGCAGGUCCUUUAUAACCUUUGUAUGUAUAAUUAUGUAAUGGAAUUACUGCAGGAAACCAGGAAAAAUAUGUUUCAUGUCGACCAAAUGAAACUGUGACUGUAUAUUUGUAACUUGACUCGGAACCAAUAAACUUCAACGAGUGUGUUUUAAUUUAAAUUGGUGUAUGAAAUUUGAUCAU